AUGUUUUUAAUUCACAUAGUCAAUAUCGCUGUAGCCGAUAUUUUAGUAGGAAUCUUCGUUCUCCCAAUAUUGGUAGAUUUCAUCUUGGCUGGUAGCUGGAAGCUAGGUGAUGAAGCUUGUCAAUUUUGGGUGAUUUCAGACAUCUUAAUGUGUACUGUGUCUAUAAUAGCCAUUGUUAUGGUCAGUUAUGAUCGGUUUAUUUAUCUCAAUUGGCCGAAAUUUUACUCCUCGGGUUAUAAACAAUAUAUUCUCGGGUCAGUCAUGGUGUUAUUACCUUGGAUUAUCGGUCUUGGUUUAGUGUUACCUAUUUGGUUAAAUGGACAAGCUAGUCAGUUUAAAUCAGAAGACAGUUGCCUAUUGGUUCUUCAAAGAGAUUUUCAAAUAGCAUCUUGUUUCAUUAGUUUUUUUGUACCAGCAUUUUUUGCCAUCUGUAUGAAUUUCGCCAUUUUGAUAAUGCUUUGUGUUUUGAGAAGAAGAUGGCAGGAUCGAGGAUACAUUCCAAGCUCCAAACGCCCAGCAAGACAGGUCCUGACCGUAGGUUUAGUUAGCCUCGUCUUCGUAGUCAUGUGGACGCCGUUUUUCGUCCUUGUAUUUCUGAAAACGAUCGAUAAAACAUUCAUCGCCCCUUCUUUAUUGGACUUUGCAAUUUGGUUUGGUUAUUUGAAUUCAGGGGUUACCCCGGUACUGUGGUUGAUUUAUCCCCUAGUUAGAGAAAGUUAUCUUGAUCUGAUAUGUUGUAUCAAGAGAACACGCGAGAAACCAAACGAUGAAACAAGAAGAACCAUGAUUGAUGAUCAACCAGCCGACAUCGAACUCCGAGACAUGUAG